CACUAACUUCCACAACACAAAAGCACAUUUCUCAGAGAAAGGAAAUCAAACGCAGAGGAAGAACCCCAGGAAGAGAAAGAAAGCUUAGCUCGCAUUUCUCUUUGAAUUUGAUUUGAAUUCAAUCUUGAUUCACGCCUGAUAUAAAAGCGCAUUUCUUCUUUUAGACACAUGGCUUCCCUCACCACUUCAGUCAAUCCACAUUCAACUUGCUCUUUACAUCGCAAUUUUCAUUCCAGGAUCCCAGCUUUUAACUACAAUUAUUGCCCGAACUCUGCUAAUGAACCCAGCUCCUGUUGCUUGACCCCUAAAGCCAUUAUUCAAAACUCAAGCAGGACAAACUCAGGCUCAACAGCUGCUAGAUUCACUGUUCGAAGCGCCGCAACCAAACCCGCCAAAUCACCAGCUGAAGAGGACUGGUCGAUUAAGAGGAAGUAUCUACUUGAGAAGAAGGUAAGGAGUGUCGAGGUGAAAGAAGCUUUGCGACUUCAGAAAGAAAAUAACUUUGUGAUUCUUGAUGUACGUCCAGAAGCAGAGUUUAAAGAGGCUCAUCCGCCAGGAGCUAUUAAUGUUCAAAUUUAUAGGCUCAUAAAGGAGUGGACACCAUGGGACAUUGCCCGGAGGGCAGCAUUUGCAUUUUUCGGCAUCUUCCAAGGAACAGAAGAAAAUCCAGACUUUAUGCAAAGUGUGGAAUCGAAAAUAGAUAAGAAAGCGAAGAUAAUAGUAGCUUGCUCAUCUGGUGGUACAAUGAAGCCAUCACAAAGUCUUCCGGAAGGGCAACAAUCAAGCAAUGUCUACCACUUGGAAGGAGGACUAAAUACCUGGUUUAAAGAAGGAUUGCCUGCAGCUUCUGAAGAUUCAGGUUGAGCCACAAAUUUUGUUCCCAAUGGACUCAAUUUUAACCUUGACAUAAUAGUAUCUAAUAAUGUGUGUUUCUUUACCUGCGAUGAUAGUUGUACAGAAAUGAGUUUCAAGAAAUUAAGGAUUUGAGGAUGAUAAAACAAUGGUACUUGAGUCAGCAUAUUCGAACUGCACAUGCAUCUUAUUCAAAUAAAGUUCUUCAUUA